GGGCGGACGCUGUUUUGAUAUGCGUUCACGUUUCCGUAAAUCGUAAUGCCUUCUGUGAAAACCAAGAAUACAAAGAGCAAAAAGGAUUUUCGCGAAGGUAGUACGCGAUGGAGAGAAGACAUAUGUGAGGUAGCUGAGGACUCGGAGGAGGGGGAGGCUGGUUACAUUUCUAGUGACGAAUCUGCCCAUGCCGCUGAUCUUGGAGAUCGAUUGAGAGUUAAGUCCAGAGACAUUUGGGAGUCAGACGAAAUACAAUAUGCACUGAGGCAUUUACCUUACGCUGAUGAAUUAUCAACUCUACUAGAAACAGCACAUUAUGAAGACGUUAUAUUCUUUGUGUCCCAGUCGGACACCGAUAGAAUACGUACGGCAGUUCUAUGGGCUUGUUGGUUCGGGCGCAGUUCUUUGCUAUCGAAACUAUUAAAAGUUGGUGCCGAUCCUAAUAGCUGCGAUGACGCCGGGAGAUCAUGCCUUCACCUCGCUUGUUUAGUGGACAACGAGGAAUGUGUAAAAAUUUUAUUAGAACAUGGUGCCGAUCCAAACAUAUGGGAUUCGAAGACUGACAGAAAAGCAACACCUUUACACUGCGCAGCGAGCGCUAAAUCUUUGUCUUGCGUCAAGGCCUUGAUAAGCCACGGGGCAGAUGUUAAUGCAGGACUAAACGAACAUUCUCCCUUACACUACGCGGUACUCAGUGACGCGCCGGAAGUAGUAAAUGUGCUGUUGGAAGCAGGCGCGUGUCCUGAUACACCACAGGUUUUUACUGAAACACCUCUACACGUGGCGGCGUCUUUAGGAUCUGCUUCUUGUAUGAAGCUACUAUUAGACGCGGGUGCGGACGUUCGAGCUGCAUUAGGUCCUGGGCGCGCUACGGCACUGCAUUUGGCAGCUGUGGAUGGUCACGCUGAGUGCGCCGGUCUACUUCUUGAACACGGAGCACAUAUAGACUGUACGAAUUCAAGAGGGCAAACGAGUCUUCAUCUAGCGGCAUUAGCUCAAUCUGUUGAAGUAGUAGAACUUCUAGUGACUAAACGAGCAGAUGUGCGCUCAAGAGAUGUUGAUGGCAGAACACCACUACACGGAGCGAUAGUCAGAGGAGCUCGUGCGUGCGAUGUUGCUAGGAUGUUGCUAUCGGUGGGAGCAGAUCCAAAUGCUCCCGACAAUUUUGGAUACACUCCAGUCCAUAUCGCUGCAUUAAAUGAGUUCUCUGCGUGUGUUUUACUGCUAUUGGAUUAUGGGGGUGACGUAACAUUGCGAACAAAUGGUGGUGUAUCAGCAUUAUCAUUCAUUGUUCGACGAGUUCCUGAUGUCAUUCCUCGAUAUCUAUGCAAGUUUGAUGAUGCGGUACAUGUAAGCGAACACGAAAUUGGUGAUGUUGACUGUGAACUCACCAUUGAUUUCCGACCGUUGGUUCCUUGUCUCUCGAGAGGAGAGGCUGAGUUACUAUUAGCGUUUGUGGAGGUCGGUCGUAAAGAUGUUUUGAAGCAUCCAGUAGCAGAGACAUUCCUUUUUUUGAAAUGGCGAAGAAUAAGAAAAUUCUUUGUAUUAAGUUUUGUUUAUCAUGCGAUAUUCAUAACAUUGUAUAGCCUAUAUAUACUACAGUUAUUCUUAUGUGAAGAUGUAACUUGUGACGUUCCGAGUUACUUACGGCCUAUACAGUAUUUAAUCGUCCUUCUGAAUGUAUGUUUCUUGGCGAAAGAAAUUUUUCAAGCAUGUCUGGAUUAUUCGGCUUACAUUCGACAAUGGGAAAAUUGGUUGCAAUUGCUUAUCAUUAUUGGUGUUUUUCUCUGCACGAUACCAACUUGGUAUCGAGGAAAUGGAGUAGCGAACGCGAACACUUCAAAUUGGCAACACGAUGUCGCAGCCAUAACGAUAUUCUUUUGCUGGCUUGAAUUAAUGAUGAUAAUUGGGCGCUUUCCAACAUUUGGGCUUUACGUGCAAAUGUUUACAACUGUGACGGUGAAUUUUGCUACAUUUUUAUUGGCUUACAGCUGUCUUCUCAUAGCAUUUGGUUUAGCGUUUAGUGUACUGUUCAGCAAUUACCCAGCAUUCCAUUUGCCAGCUGGCCUUGUCAAGACGGUCAUGAUGAUGUCCGGAGAAUUGGAAUACGAAGAUAUAUUUUACAAUAAUUGCACAAAUUCCCAAAUACACUAUCCACUGACCGCUCAUGGAAUGUUUUUGGUAUUCGUGUUGCUCGUGACAGUUAUAUUGACUAACCUUUUGGUUGGAUUAGCUGUAAGCGAUAUUCAGGCAUUACAAGAAAGCGCUGGACUCGACCGUUUAGUUCGUCAAACUCAAUUAGUAGCACAUUUGGAGAGUAUGCUCUUCAGUACUCUACUAUCAUGUGCUCCGCAACAGCUCUUAGCGGUGCUUCGUUGGGGUGCAUUAUUGACGGCAUCACAUUUGCGAACUUUGAAUAUCAGACCGAACGAUCCAAGAGAGAACAGGAUACCCAGAGAAUUAAUUGCUUCAAUCUACAAGAUGGUGGCAAGUCGUAAGGAUACAAAGAAAAGCAUUCGUAAAAAUAAUAAUUAUGAAUGUCGAAUAAGAAAAUGUAAAGAUGACGAAGACAUCGAAAGGCAAAUUGUCAAAAGGAAGAGCUAUCUUUAUGAUCGUUUCUCAUUAGAAAGUCAAAAUGUAGAAAGACGAAAAAAAAACACAACGACAUCCGUAGAAAAUCGAAAUAGGCCGAUGUCUUUUACAAUUAAUGCUAUACAGGAGAUUUGUAUGGUUGAUAUUAAAAACCAAUUAGCAGAUUUGACAAAGAAAAUAAAUAAAUUAACUGAAACGACAGAUUCUAGGUUGAGUUUGAUUGAAAAAAAAUUGGAUGAUAUUCAACCUCCAUAG